AUGACUCGCUCUGGAUCUUGCCGCUGCGGUGCUAUCACCAUCGACUUCCUCGACGACAGCAACAACGACGGCGUUGUCUGCUACUGCAAGUCGUGCCGCAGCCUCCACUCGUCCGAGUCGCUCAACCUCAAGACCGAGGUCGACAAGGUCAAGGUCACCAAGGGCACGCCCAAGGUGUACAAGGACAGCAAGACCGACUCUGGCAAGGCCAUCAACCGCAACUUCUGCGGCGACUGCGGCUCGGCCCUCUUCUCCGACCCGGACGCCAUGCCCGGCGUGCGCUUCCUCAAGGUCGGAGCUCUUGACGAUGCCUCGGCUAUCAAGAUCGUUGGCGAGAUCUACGUCGACGACGCGCUCAAGUUCCAGGUCCGUGACAAGAAGCACGGCCAGAAGCAGUUCGAGGGCAUGAUGGCCAAGGAGGUCUAG